UUUAAUAAAAUAAUGCACAUGACAAUAAAACAUCACUGAGUUUUUCAUAAUGUAUAAAAAAUUACACCUUCGUACGUACUGCGGACCCAAGUAUCCAACUAAUCUAAUCUUUUAAAUGAUAAUAACAUCUCUAAAACAUGAAUAUUAUAAUUACAGUGUUCCCAUACAUAAUACAUUACAAUUUCCAAUGCUUUACCUACACGUAUAAUGAUAAACGUUAAACAGCAAUUUGUACAAUACGAACAAUAAUGAGAACAAAUAUGAACAAUUAUAUUCGUAAUUUUCAGAUGAAUAAAACUACACAAGAUUGAAAACGCGGGUUACAUUUUCGGACUAUUGACGUAUAGACAUUAAAUACGAAAGUUGUGGUAGACUAAACAGAUGGUGGACAAAAACAACUGGAGAAGGGAAACCACUGGUUUGUAAUUCGUUGCCACGGUUGGUAUAUAGUAACUACUAAUUAAUUACGCUGGAGUGCGUUCGAAACGAUUUCCAGAGUGCUGGACAAUCUCUUCAUUGUUUCUAAUUAGAAACCAGGUUAGUUCGCCGCAGGCUCAUAUUUUACCUGUUUUAAUGCAUUCCUCUUUCGAUACACGGGCUGGUAACAUUGAGCGUGCAUGGAAGCCCCUCGGUGUCAACAAACUUUCUAAUUAAUUUGUGUAAGUAGAUUUGUGACUAUCACAGCCUUGUACAAAUAGUAAAUUAUACUUUAAACUAUUUUUUAAAUGCAAAGAAACUUCGUACAGCAUUUAUUUAACUGCACUACUAGAUCGUUAAUAACAUUACGGAUUUAAGGUACCUACUUACAAUAUUUUUGAAUAUAAUAUUAUGUUUAGGUAUGUAUCCUCUAAUAAGAACCCAAUAGGUAGUCGUAUAAAAAAACUAUUUGUAUGUAUAUCAAUUUGGAUACACCAUGUACCCUAUACUUAGUAGUUAGUUGGAAUUUAUUAGAAGAAUAGAUAUUUCAUUAGCUUGUAAAAGCUAGGCCUAUGCAUCUGGCAAAUGCAAAGUUGGUUCAAAACAAUAUCGAUGGAUAUGAACAAAAAUCAAAUUAAAAUACUAUUUAGACAAAAAUGUUCAAAAGAUGGAAAAUAUUAUUUAAAGAUUAUAAAAACAGUAAAAAAAAGAAAUCCUAUAUUUCUUAAAGUUUGUUUUAAACAAAAUCAAAUAUAAUUUAUUUAUUCUUCUAUUCAUUGAAAAUAAUUAAACUAUCAAUAAAAUUAAUAAAAUUGAUAAAUUUAAAAAAAAUCUAUUGAAAUCUACUUAACUUACAAAAUGCUUCCAAAUUCUUUUGAUUAAAAAUAAAUAUUAAUUUUUCCAUCUUUUUUACCAGACUUCUUUAAAGACAUGAAAAAGAAAUUAUUACAAGUAUAAUAGUGUUAAUAUAUUUUAGAUUCUAAGCAUAGUGAGUACUUUAUUUUAAAUAUAAAAAAACAUAAUUGUUAAAUACAAAUAUUUUUUUUCAGAAACGAUAGUUAAAAAAAUAUUGAUAUUCAACUUGAAAAUACAGCUGAUAAGCCCAGGAAACAUAAACUAGAAAAUAUCUAAAGUGUACUGCAGGUAUUAAAAAACGAUAUGGAGCUCCCAACAAAAAAGAAAAAAAAAUCUGAAAUGUCUGCAUUUUUUCCAUCCACUAGUAAUACUUCAGAUUAUGACUCGGAUGAUAGUUAUUGUAAAUUUAGACUAAAUUAAACUUUUUAAGUUUGAAUUACACCUAUACAUUUAUUUUUUUUAUUUUUAAGGCUCAGACCUGAAAAUGUAUGCAAAAAAGCAGAAAAAGUGCAAAUUAAAUCUGCAAGAAAUUGAAAUUAAAUUUGAGUUCUUUAAAAACAUGUAAGUAUCUUAAAUUCCUUUACAAUAUUUAAAAUUGAAUUCUUAUUAUUAUUAUUAUUAUAUGUGAACUUUGUUUAUUAAUAAGAUUCUAUAAAGAUCAAAUAAAAGAAUUGGAAGAUAAGUUAGUUAAAUUGAAAUUGGAAAAGCGACUUGCAGUAACUAUUGAAUUGAGAAAAUUUAAAUUGAAGAAUUUGGAACAUAAAUUUAAUUCUGAAAAGCAAUCAAUAAAGGAAAUAUAUAAAGUAAUUAAAAUUUUAAAUAAAAAAUUUCUAAAAAUAUUUCUAAUAAAUUAUUACAAAUGAUCGGUCAUUAAUAAAUAAUAACCAAUCAUUUAAAAUAGGUACUACUUAUUUUAUUUGUUGAAAUUGCUGUUAAUAAUCCCUGCAUAUUUACCUUCAGGGUUAAUUUUUCUGAAAUUAUUUUCAAAUUAUAUUAACUUAAAUUAAAGUUUGCUUCAUGAAAAACAGUGUCAGAUCGCGCAUGCCGAAUGAGAUCCACACCAUUGCUGAACCAUCGAAUCCUCUCUAUAUGUAAUUGACUAUAGAUGAUGUCCAUGUGUUUCUUGCUCAAAUAAUGAGUAAAAGAAAAUAUAAAGGUACAGUUUCCCUGCAGUAUCCAGUUGCCGAGACACUAAAUUAUGUAUUUUGUGUAUGACUGGUUUCCAUGCGUGUGAUUGAUGUGAAUAUCGGUCCAGACUAAUGUUAUGUCCAGACGCCCAAAGUCAGCAUAUUAACAAAUCAUACAUUUUUGUUUCCUCAUCAGAGGAUGAAGCUUUGAUUGCAUUCGUAGAAAGUAACACAGUUUUUUUUUUUUGGAUAGAUUCCAUAAAAUACAAAAAGAUAAUUUUCCUAAGGACAUUAUAUAUUUAAAAUUAAUUGAUAUUUGAAAAAUAUAUUUAACGAAGUAGGAAGAUCAAGUAUGUAUUGAAUACCGUUAAAAUUAAAUUUUGAUUCAUUUUGAAAAAUUUAAAAAUCUAAAUUUGUAUGUGAAAACUAUGUGCAAAAAGGACACACACUGGUUGCAGUGAAAAUUUUGUAAAAUUAAACUAAAAGAGUGGGGUAAAAUAAUAAAAUCUAUAGUGUCUGCCGCUUCAGAUAAAACAUUUGGACGCAGCAGGGAAACCAUACCUUAAGACAUUUAUUAAUAUUGUAAUGUUUGCCAAGUAAUCCAUUUGAGGCAAUUUAUUAGGUAUUAGGUAGGUAAAAGGUGUCAAUAGGUAUCAACAAUUGGCACAUUACAUAUAAACAGGUUUGUGUUCACUCACUAGUUGGUCCUCAUGUGUUGUCAUUAGUUCACAUGUAUCCAUGUGUAGAAGCACAUGACUGACCUGUUUUCAUCAAAAUGCAAUCUGUUCUUUCAUAAGACAGAAUACAGUUAUUUUAAAUUAAAUUUUUGUAUUUCAGAAUCAAGCAGAAAUGUUAUAUGAUAUGAUGAUAACAGAUUAUGAUGAAAAUAUAGACCAACUAAAAGCAGCACUUAAUGAAAUAGAUCUAGAAGCUACACUCUGGCUGGGCCGUAAUCUAAUACAUAGCAGAGGUGACCGUUAUGGAUAUCCUUAUGGUUAUAUAGAGCCUGAUCUUAUACCAAAAGUUACACCUCGGCCUCGUAUAAACUACAUGCUUAAAGAGCAUGAAAUACAUGAAGACUGGAUAGCGAUUAAAAAGCUCAUGUCGCCAUCAAAGCAGAAGGAAGUUGCUGAAAAAAUUAAUAAUAAAAAUUAUAAAAUAUAACUUUUGUACAGUUAAAAUAAGAAAAAAUAAAAAAAUCACUAUAAUUUUAGAUAUAAUAUAUUUGUAUGGUAAUUUUUAUUGUUAAUACCAACCUUAAUUUCGGUUCAAUAUCUUUAGUAUUAUAAAUUAUAGAAUAUAAUUAAAAUCUACAAAAUCACAGUGAAC